AUGGGAGGGGAAUCCGUUCCCCGCGGGUUCCUGAAGUCAGAAACCUUCAGCAGCAUGAUCAACUUUCUCGAGCAUCCGCCCAACGACGUGCGAUCGCCCAACUCGUUGAAUACGCAAGCACGCAUCAUACGCGUGUGCCGAACGCUCACUGUCAUCGAAACUUGGCACCAUGUGCCGCCGGAAGUGUCAGAGCGGAUUGUGCACGCUUGCGCCAGCCUUUGCUCCGUGCUCGCCGUUCGCCCUAUCGCCAUGCAGUGCGUGGAGACCAUCCUUCGAUUCACGCAGACCGUCAAACUUGCAAUUGACAAGAAGUACCCAAGCGUUUCCUUUAAAAUCGCGCUACAGGGGUUGUUCAUGCGCGCCGCGUAUGGAUCGGCCGACCGCACCAACCUUCGAGCGCUGAUGACGAGUCUGCGCGUUCGCAUCCCGCCAGACCUUCCAGCUCGGGAACCGUUGGAUAUGGACGAUCCAUGUGAUCAUUGA